AAGAACGUCGUCGUGUUUGAUAAGAAUGCUGAGCACAUUAUUGCCACGCUGAAGGGUCACACCAAGAGAGUCACCAGCGUGGUCUACCACCCCUCCAGGUGAGCCUGCACUUCGGUGGUGUUCUCUGCCUCUCCCGACACCACGAUUCGGAUCUGGUCAGUUCCGUCCCAGUCCUGUGUUCAGGUGGUUCGGGCUCACGAGGGCCCGGUGACGGGGCUGAGCCUCCACGCCACGGGGGACUACCUGCUGAGCGCCUCCGAGGACCAGUACUGGGCUUUCUCUGAUGUGCAGACCGGUCGAAUUCUUACGAAGGUCACUGACGAAACCGCUGGCUGUGCGCUGACCUGCGCCCAGUUCCACCCCGACGGUCUCAUCUUCGGAACUGGAACCCUGGACUCGCAGAUUAAGAUCUGGGAUUUGAAGGAGCGCACGAAUGUGGCUAACUUCCCCGGUCACUCGGGUCCGAUCACCACCAUCGCCUUCUCGGAGAACGGCUACUACCUGGCAACCGCGGCCGACGACUCGUCCGUGAAACUGUGGGAUCUGAGGAAGCUGAAGAACUUCAAGACCAUCCAACUGGACGACCACUACGAGGUGAAAUCUCUCAUCUUUGAUCAGAGUGGCACCUACCUGGCUAUUGGAGGAACAGACAUCCGAAUUUACAUGUGCAAGCAGUGGAGCGAGGUGCUGAGCUUCACAGAGCACGGUGGGGUCGUCACUGGGGUGGCGUUCGGGCAGCACGCGCAGUUCCUCACCUCCACUGGGAUGGACCGAAGCCUCAGGUUUUACAGCCUGUGAGAAAAGCCGCCGGAGCUCCCCCUGCUGGUCCACAGCGGUGCUGCAGCAGAGCAACACUGCACAGUUUGAAUAUGAAUUUACUGUACUGAGACACAGACAGACAGACAGACACACAGACAGACACACAGACAGACACACAGAGAGAGACACACAGACAGACACACACACACAGACAGACAUACAGACACACAGACAGACAGACAUACAUACAGACACACAGACAGACAUACAGAGAGAGACACACAGACAGACAUACAGAGAGAGACACACAGACAGACAUACAGAGAGAUGAACAGACACACACCCCCGAUUGACCGGACGAGGGGCGCCAGUGUCUGUGGGGGGUGAUUUUCCCCAUUCGGAGUGAAACAGCAGCUGGGGGGGGGGGUGUGAGGAUCGAUCUCCCGCUCCUCCGAGGACUCUGCGGAGAGAACCAGCGAACCCACACAAACCCCAGCCGCUGUUUCUGUCCUCCCUCGCUUCACUCUGCGCGGGGGAAAGUGCACACCGCCUCCCCUCGUCCGCGGAGCCCGUUCUCCUCCAAUCACAGAGCAGGGGAACCCCGCGGCUCAGCGCAAACUCCGUCCGCUUCGAUCCCACAACUAGAAGAGGUUUUAGCGUGAAGAUGAGCUUCUGUGUUUUUGUUUGUUAGUUGUUUUGAAAUGGUUUUCCUCUUGUGUUGGGAGAGCUGUUGUUUUGGGGGGGGGGGGGUCGGGG